AUGGCAGAAGACGAAAUGAGGCCGGAACGCAGCACCAGCUCAUCUCGGACGACGGGCAGCGAUAUUGGCGAGUUGCAACAAAAAAUCUCCAAAGCCGAACGAGAGCUUACUCAAAUGCGACUUGAGUUGGAGCAGACACGGCAGCAAGCCAAAGCAGCCGAGCUUCAUGCACAAGAAAGUGGACGCACCAACCGCAAACUCAAAACGGAGAUCCAGACACUUACGGAUAUGAGCAACCGCAAAGAUCGUCAGGCUGAAAAUGCAAAGGCGACUGCUUUCUUUUUCGAAGGCCAAGUGAAAAAGUACACUGAUGAGAUUGAGACGGCACAACGUGGCAUGGGUCAUUUGAAGGAAUUGGAUGAUCAACUUCGAGAAGCCAAGCGUCAACAACAACAAUUGGAAACGGAUGCUCAAGAAGAACAUGAUCAAGUGCGUGGUGAUAUCCAAAAGAUCCAGGAAAAAUAUCGUGCCGAGAAGAGUGAAUUGGAAGCUGUGAUUGCUCAAGCGUAUGAGGAUCUUGCCAAGACAUCCGCUCGUGCACUACAAAUCCAACAAGAGGCUGAGGAUCGAAUUCAAAAGGUGGUUGGCCCCAUGGAUCAAGAAAUCAAAAAGCUGGAAGAAGAGCAUUUGGAAAUGGAAAAACGUCAAUCUGAAAUGAUUCGUGGAGUGCAGCAGGAAAUUGAGCAAUUGAGAUCCAAGCUUGAUGCAUCCGAAGCAUCCACACGUUCCCACGAAGAAAUCAUGACCAUGGUGCAGAAAGAAAUGGAUAGGAUUAUGCGUCGAUUACGUUCCAUUGAUCAAGCAGAGCUAUGA